ACUUAGACGAAUUAUAGGUAAAUUGAACGGGAUUUGAGCAGUGCUGAGCGAUAGAGUAAACAAUUAGUUAUAUCUAAUAGAAAUGUGCCUAAAAUUGUCGGUUCGGAACGCGAUUUCAUAACAAUCCCAGGAGCCCGAAAGGCCGCACUGCCGUGAACUUGCGGGCUGCGUGUUUUGGAUCGCGUUCGCCGGAAACAUAAACAUACGAUGAGCGAAAGCACAAAUCAGUUUUGUGCCAUUGAUUUUUGAGUCUAUCACCCCAAAAAUAACGAUAAACAACAGAACAGUGAAAACCCAGAAAAAAAAUUAAAAAAAAACAUACAAAAUUAAAAAAAAUAUAUAAAAAAAUUUUAAAAAUACCAAUCCUGUUUUCAAAGCAGCCAAAACCAAAGCCGAUACCGAUAUCGAUACCAAUAUAUCGAUACCAAUAACAGUAGUGAAAUCAACGUGCACUUUUGUUAUCAUUUUAGAGUCAAUUUAUUUUUUUUUUGGCAACAGUAUAAACUGGGACUGGGGUUGGGGCUGGGGACGGGUAUCUCCUUAGGCUGCAUACCUUUUGUUUUGUAUCAAAAUUCUCUCUUCAUUUAAAAAACAAAAAAAAAAAAAAAAAUUAACGCAAACCAAACAAAUGGCGGCCUACUUAAAUCGCACCAUUUCACUGGUGACCGGCCAAACGGGCCCAUCCGCCAACGAUAAAAACUCGACAACGGGCAACGACACCGUCGACGAUUCACGGCAUAAUAUAUCCCUGCAAACGUCCGCCUCGUCCACGUCGGCCAACAUGACCGGCAUAACCGACAACCGCAUGUAUCAACCGAAUGACAAAUCGCCGCUGCAGAUCUUCGUACGCGCCAAGAAGAAGAUCAACGAUAUCUACGGUGAGAUCGAGGAGUACGUGCUGGAGACAACCACCUUCAUCACUGCGCUGCAUGCGGAUGCGGAAAUCGUGGACAAGGCGGAGCGCGAACUGUUUGAAAGCUAUGUGCACAAGGUGGCUGCCAUACGUGAGGUACUGCAGCGGGAUCACAUGAAGGUGGCCUUCUUUGGCCGCACCUCCAACGGCAAGAGUUCGGUGAUCAAUGCCAUGCUGCGCGAGAAGAUUCUGCCCAGCGGCAUUGGCCACACCACAAACUGUUUCUGCCAGGUGGAAGGCAGCGACGGCGGCGAAGCCUAUCUCAUGAAGGAGGGCUCCGACGAGAAGCUCAACGUGGUGAACAUUAAACAAUUGGCCAAUGCCCUGUGCCAGGAGAAGCUCAGCGAGAGCAGUCUGGUCCGUAUAUUUUGGCCACGCGAACGCUGCAGCCUGCUGCGCGAUGAUGUUGUCUUUGUGGAUUCCCCGGGCGUUGACGUGUCUGCCAAUCUGGAUGACUGGAUUGACAAUCAUUGCAUCAAUGCUGAUGUCUUUGUGCUGGUCCUCAAUGCAGAGUCGACAAUGACGCGGGCCGAGAAGCAGUUCUUCCAUACUGUUUCCCAAAAGCUGUCCAAGCCAAACAUCUUCAUAUUGAACAAUCGCUGGGAUGCGUCAGCCAACGAGCCCGAGUUUCAAGAAUCGGUGAAGUCGCAGCACACGGAGCGCUGCAUCGAUUUCCUUACCAAGGAGCUGAAGGUCAGCAACGAGAAGGAGGCUGCGGAGCGCGUGUUCUUUGUGUCGGCGCGCGAGACGCUGCAGGCGCGCCUCGAGGAGGCCAAGGGCAAUCCGCCGCAUUUGGGCGCCAUCGCCGAGGGCUUUCAGAUACGCUACUUUGAGUUCCAGGACUUUGAGCGCAAGUUCGAGGAGUGCAUCUCACAGAGCGCGGUCAAGACAAAGUUCCAGCAGCAUAGCUCGCGCGGCAAGAGCGUCUCCGGCGACAUGCGCUCCAUGCUGGACAACAUCUUCGAACGGAUCACAAUCUUUCGCAACCUGAAGCAGGAUCAAAAGAAUCUGCUCACCGAACGCAUUCAGGGCACCGAAACGCAGAUGAUGCAGGUGACGCGCGAGAUGAAAAUGAAAAUUCACAAUAUGGUCGAGGAAGUGGAGGAGAAAGUGUCGAAGGCACUCAAUGAGGAAAUCUGGCGAUUGGGCGUCCUCAUUGAUGAGUUCAACAUGCCGUUCCAUCCGGAGCGCCUGGUCCUCAACAUCUACAAAAAGGAGCUCAACGCCCACGUGGAGAGCGGCCUGGGCAGCAAUUUGCGCGCCCGCCUCUCCAUGGCGCUGGCCAUGAACGUGGAGGCGGCACAAACGGAAAUGACCGAACGCAUGCAUGCGCUGGUGCCGAACGAGAAGCUGCUCACGAACAGCGCCAAGCUGGCGGUGCGUACGCAACCGUUCGAAAUGCUCUACUCAUUGAACUGCCAGAAUCUGUGCGCCGACUUCCAGGAGGAUCUCGACUUCAAGUUCAGCUGGGGCAUCACGGCCAUGAUACAGCGAUUCACGGGCAAGAUGCGCGAGCGCAGCAAAAAGCAAACGCCCGCCUUGCUCAAUCGCCAGAGCAGUAUUGGGCACACCGUCGUUACGCCCGUGAGCACGCCCGUGGAGUCGACGCCCGUUUGCCUGCUCCCCGGUACGGGCGUGGGUGGAAUUACGCCCGAGCAGCUAUCGGUUAUAUCACGCUUCGCCCUGUCCUCGAUUGGAUCGCAGGGCACAGUGGGCGGUCUAGUUGUGGCGGGCGUUAUGCUGAAAACGAUCGGGUGGCGCGUCCUUGUUGGCAUCGGUGCGCUCUACGGCUGCAUCUACCUGUACGAGCGUCUGUCCUGGACCAACUCGGCCAAGGAGCGUGCCUUCAAGAGCCAGUAUGUGCGACAUGCCACCAAGAAGCUCAAAAUGAUUGUCGAUCUCACGUCGGCCAACUGCAGCCACCAGGUGCAGCAGGAACUGUCCAGCACAUUUGCUCGUUUGUGCCGCACUGUGGACACCGCCACCACCGAUAUGAAUGAGGAGCUGAAGACGCUCGAAGCGCAGCUGAACGUGCUGGAGGCCAAUCAGAAGCAGCUGAAGCUUCUGCGCAACAAGGCCAACUACAUACAGAACGAGCUGGACAUCUUCGAGCACAACUACAUUGCGCCGCAGUAGAUGCUGCUAGAGGAUCUGGCCAAACGAACACUUCGACGAUGACAACCAGAAGCAGAAGAAACAGAAGAAGUAAAAGAAGUAGAAGUAGAAGAAGAAGAUGCUUAACAACAACGACGACAACUUUACCCCUCUUUCAACAGACAGAUGAACGUGAAAAUGAAAAUCCUUGCAACCCUUUAAAUUAAUUCCUUCAUUCAGUUUUUUUAUUAGACACUUCUGCCAAAUUGUACCGCAUGUUCUGUUCUUUUUUUUUUUUUUUUGCUUUUCUUUCUGCUCGUAUUUUACAGAUAUUCAAUUUUUUUAAUGCUAACUUGUUGCAGUUAAACUCUUAUAUAUAACUGAACUGUUUUUUUUUUUUAGUUUUUUAAUAAUUAUACACAUAUAUGAAUAUAUUGUAAUUGUUGUUGUUACACUCUGUACACACUCUGUGACAUGGCCGGGCGCCAUGAAAACAUAAA